CCAAAUAACCCGAUCCAUUCCUGUUAGAAACAAGGAAAAAAAAGAAAAUGCACUUGAGUGAGAAUGAAGGCAUCGAGGGGAACACCUUCGUGGUCACGGGUGGGCUGGGGUUCCUUGGCUCAGCCCUCUGCUUGGAGCUCAUACGGAGGGGUGCUCGUCAAGUUCGCUCCUUUGACCUCCGACCUCAUUCCCCUUGGUCUCACCGCCUCAUUAACCACGGCGUCCGCUGCAUCCAAGGCGAUCUUGUCCUGAAAAAAGAUGUUGAAAAUGCUCUUCUUGGUGCCGAUUGCGUUUUCCACCUGGCUUCAUAUGGCAUGUCAGGAAAAGAAAUGCUUCAGUUUGCUCGUGUGGACGAGGUGAAUAUUAAUGGAACCUGCCAUGUCUUGGAGGCUUGCCUUGAAUUUGGGAUCUCAAGGCUUAUUUAUGUCAGCACAUAUAAUGUUGUCUUUGGGGGAAGGGAGAUUGUGAAUGGCAAUGAGGCCUUGCCCUAUUUCCCAAUUGAUGACCAUGUUGAUUCCUAUGGGCGAAGUAAAUCUAUUGCUGAACAGUUGGUUCUUAAGUACAAUGGCCGCCCUUUUAAGAAGAAUACUGGAAAAUGUCUUUAUACCUGUGCAGUUCGUCCAGCUGCCAUAUAUGGACCAGGUGAAGAGCGUCACCUUCCUAGGAUAGUAUCUCUGGCAAAGUUGGGUUUGGUGCCAUUCAAAAUAGGUGAUGCUAAUGUCAAAACAGACUGGGUUUAUGUGGAUAACCUGGUACUCGCACUACUAUUGGCAAGCAUGGGACUUUUAGAUGACAUUCCUGGAAAAGAAGGGCGUCCAGUCGCAGCUGGCCAGCCAUACUUCAUAUCAGAUGGGUUUCCAAUCAACACCUUUGAAUUCAUCCAACCAAUUUUAAGAAGUUUAGAUUAUGACUUACCAAAAUCCUGGCUUGCUGUUUCACAUGCUCUUUUUCUUGCAAAGAUUUUCUGGGCUGUAUACACAAUGUUAUAUCCAUUUUUGAAUCGGUGGUGGCUUCCUCAGCCCUUCAUUCUUCCUGCUGAAGUGCAUAAGGUUGGUGUUACACAUUACUUCUCAUUCCUUAAAGCGCAGCGUGAGCUUGGAUAUGUUCCAAUGGUGAGUCCUCGUGAAGGCAUGGCUGCGACUAUCUCAUACUGGCAGGAUAGGAAAAAGAAAAGUUUGGACGGACCUACAGUAUAUGCAUGGGGAUUUUGUGUGAUUGGAAUGAUUCUACUUUUUGCUAGUGGUUGGUUCCCAGCCAUAGGACCUGUGCCAGUCCUUAGAUCUCUUGGUAUUUUCUUCUUCCGAUCAAUGUUUGGAAUACGGCUAGCAUUUUGCGUAGCUACUGCAGUACAUAUUGGGGAAGCCAUAUAUGCGUGGUGCCUGGCAAAAAGAGUGGAUCCUGUUAAUGCGAGAGGAUGGUUCUGGCAGACUUUUGCUCUUGGGUUUCCCUCAUUACGGCUGUUGUUGAAGAGAGCGAAAAAAAUAGUGUAAGCAUUGCUUUUGGGUAAUUAUACAUGUGGUGUAUGAUACCUCAUCCUCGGUAGAGAGUGGUUAUGAAUGAGAUAAUUAAACUUCGUGAAAUUACCCCAAACAAGUUGGGGGAUUAAAAAUGGAGUGUUUCAUGUGAUGGAACAGAUGGUGGGGAAUUUUAAAUUUUCAAAUAGUUCUCCUAGAUAUGGAUUGCUGUUUAAUUGCAUCAUGGUUAAUUCCUUUGGAUGGUCAUAACAAGUAGGAAUGAU